AUUUAAAGAUGAACCAACUCUAUGGAUCCUUGUCAGUUGACUUGAAAGACUUUGCUUCUAUUGGUAGAACUGCAGUGCUGUUUUUUGGGUAGAAAAUACAUGGCAGGCAGAGCUCAGGAUCUACUGUUCAUAUUUAUAUUUCACCUACUUCAUUCAUGUUUCAAUCAAUCAGCUCUUAGCCCUUUUCAAUCUUCUGCUCCAAAUAUCUGUAUUCGUAUUUGGUAGAGCAGGAAUAAGGAUCUCAAGCACACUCCAGAUCACCUCAAAUCAGCUAGAAGAAUAUCGAAAACUGAUCCAUCACAAGUUUAUAUUGGUUGCUUUGUCAAGAACAAGAUGAGGCUGUCCGUAAUAUACCUUUUCGUUUCCACCCUUUGCCUAAUGACCUCUGCUGCUGUGGCUUUAUCUUUGGCAAAGCGUGGAUGUCAAGACACUUGUGGAAAUGUCACCAUUCCAUAUCCUUUUGGAAUUGGUUCUGAAUGUUAUGCAAAUUCGUCAUUCGCAGUGGUCUGUGACAAUUCAACCAAUCCAGCAAGGCUGCACUUGAGCAGCAUCCAAUUGGAAAUACUAGAUAUUUCGUUGCAUGGUACAGUUAGAGUUGUGCAGCGUGUUUUCCCUAUGACUUGCUCUGAUGAACAGAAAACACAAUCUUUGGGGAAAUCACUUGUUGGAAGUCCUUUUACCAUCUCAUCGAUUCAAAAUUCAUUGACUGUUUUGGGCUGCAGAAAUUCUGUCUGGUUGCGCGCCAACAAGACGACAAUAACUGGUGGAUGCAUGGCUCUUUGUGAUUACAACUCUAGGGAUACAAGUUGUAAUGGUAUAAACUGCUGCAAGAUAACAAUUCCUAUGGGCCUUCAAGAGCUUCAAGUUACUUACCAAAGCAUUGCAAAUGACAAAAAUAAUACUCCCUUCUGUGGAUAUGCCUUCCUUGCUGACAUGAAAUGGUUUAGGGAAGAUUACGGGAAAUAUAAUGGCCUGCGCAGUUAUUUGUUAGAUCCAUUUGACGGAGAAUUCGGAAAUGCAAGUAUGGUGCUUGAGUGGGAAUACGCCCGCAGUGUGAAGUUUAUCCGUUCUAGUUUCUGUGUGUAUCCGGGUGAUACAAGCUUUGCAGCUUUUAAUUAUGAAACAUUAAGUAAAGUAUGCUACUGUGACUUCGGGUUUGAAGGAAAUCCCUAUCUACCUGAAGGAUGCCAAGAUAUUGAUGAGUGUGGCAAUUCGACAACUAAUUCCUGUUCUGAGGGAGAUACUUGUGUCAACAGAAUAGGAUCUUACGAAUGUCAGAAGCCGAAAUCUCGGCUGAAAAUAGCAUUUAUCGUCAUUGGUUCUGUGCUUGGUGCACUAAUUUUGCUCCUGGGAGCAUGGAGGUCCACCAAGCUUAUUAGAAAGAGAAUCAAGGGUAUUCGAAAACGAAAGUUUUUUAAGCGAAAUGGAGGCCUAUUAUUGGAACAGCAAUUGUCUUCAACUGAUAAUGGCCUAGAGAAAACUAAGUUGUUUACUUCCAAAGAGUUGGCAGCUGCUACCGACCAUUAUAAUGAGAAUCGUAUACUUGGUCAUGGCGGCCAAGGUACCGUCUACAAAGGCAUGUUGGCAGAUGGAAGAAUUGUGGCUGUCAAGAAGUCCAAAAGGGUAGAUGAAGAUGAUCUUGAAGUCUUCAUUAAUGAGAUCGUUAUUCUAUCUCAGAUAAACCAUAGAAAUGUAGUAAAGUUACACGGAUGUUGUCUAGAGAACGAAGUUCCUCUUCUUGUCUACGAAUUCAUCCCAAAUGGCACACUUUUCCGACACAUCCAUGAACCAAACGAGGACUUCCCGUUAUCUUGGGAAAUGCGUACGCGAAUUGCUAGAGACGUAGCUGGAGCACUUUCUUACUUGCACUCUGCUGCAUAUGCACCAAUUUAUCAUAGGGAUAUCAAGUCAACAAACAUACUAUUGGAUGAAAAGUAUGGUGCCAAAGUUUCAGACUUCGGGACGUCAAAGUCAGUUGCCAUUGAUCAAACUCACCUGACCACAAGAGUAUUAGGCACCUUCGGAUACUUGGAUCCAGAGUACUUCCAAUCGAGCCAGUUCACAGAAAAGAGCGAUGUCUACAGUUUCGGCGUUGUUAUGGUUGAGCUUUUAACUGGGGAGAAAGCAAUUUCAUCAGUUAGAGCUGAAGUGGGAAAAAGUUUGGCCACACAUUUCUUGCAUUCAAUGGAGGAAGAUCAUUUAUUCGAUAUUCUUGACCCGAGGGUCCUCAAAGAGGGCAGUAGGGAAGAAGUUGUGGCUAUUGCUGAACUUGCUAGAAGAUGUCUGCAUUUGAAUGGAAAGAGAAGGCCAACAAUGAAGGAAGUUGCCGUUGAGUUGGAAGGAAUUCAACUGCUGAAAGAAGGGUCGGUGGUGGUGCAAAAUCAUGAUAAUAACAGAGAAUACCAUUCAGUUCAUGAGUUUGCUGAGUGCUAUGACUUCUCUGCCAUGUCAGGAAGCAUGCAUUUCCACACAAUUACUGCAUCCUCAGCCGAAGUCGAGCGUCCGUUGCUUGAUGAGCCGUGAAGAAUAAUACUGCAUUAUACUUCUUUAGUCUACAUCCAAUAUAUUGCUGGAAUAUAUAGUAUAUGCGUUUUCCCUUUUGAUUGUUUGUAUGUUGUGAUAUUUAUAUAUCUUUGUAUGUUUCUUCAAGUAUCCAUAGUAAUUAUAAAAGCAAACCCUGUUUCUG